CCUACAAAAAAAAGAACACCUCAGUCACUACACAAAAUUCCUUCAACAAUGGCAACAUUUUCAACUUCUUUAACUCCCAAAACCCUAACCCCUUUAACACUCUCCAGCCUUAAACCCUCACUUAAACUCUUCACUUCAUCAUCCCAAACAUGGGCUCCACCCCACAAACCCUUCACCACUCGCAGGGUUAUCAUGACACGGGCUGCAGUGGAAUCCGGCUACUCUGCAAAGAGAAGCAAUAGUAAUAAUGAGAACAGGGAGACAAUUAUGUUACCGGGCUGUGAUUAUAAUCAUUGGUUGAUUGUUAUGGAGUUUCCUAAAGACCCUGCUCCCACGAGGGAGCAGAUGAUUGAUACUUAUCUUAGUACUUUGUCUACUGUUCUUGGCAGUAUGGAAGAGGCAAAGAAGAACAUGUAUGCAUUUAGUACCACCACGUACACUGGAUUCCAAUGCACUGUAGACGAAGCAACCUCUGAGAAAUUUAAGGGUUUACCUGGGGUUCUUUGGGUACUACCAGACUCAUACAUAGAUGUGAAAAACAAGGAUUACGGAGGGGACAAGUACGUCAAUGGAGAGAUCAUUCCAUGCACUUAUCCCACUUAUCAACCAAAGCAGCGGAAUAAUUCGAAGUACGAGAGUAAAAGAUAUGAAAGACGAAGAGAUGGCCCACCUCCAGAACGGAGAAGACCAAGACAAGGGGCUAAUGCAUCAGAGUCAUCAUCUGGAUGAGUCAGUGGAAUGUUUCAGAUUUAGGUCCUAAAGUGAAUGGCAUUGUUUCUGGAUCUUCACCUGCGUGUUUAGUGGAUAAUCAUGCUCGAGCAAUUAUCUAGGUGUUAGAGAUCCCAUUUUUGUGGAGCUACUUCGGUCAGUUCAUAUUUCAUAUAAACAUGCAAUGUUGGAUGAGUAGCUGCACCUUGAGGAACAUUUAUUAUUGAUGUAUGAAUGUUCUAUGUACAAGGACCCGGGAGAUUUAACAAUACAUGUUACUGUAGCUGACAUUUACGCUCCGCGUUUGGUUUCCAUUUGUACCUGUUUGUUAUCUUCUCUUACUACAUGUUAAUUUUAUAUCUAGUUUAUAUGA